UUCUAACUCAGAGUCUGUUACUAUCGUAUUCGUAUCUACUACCACUGCUACUUUAUUUUCACAAAAGAACCUGAUUCUCUGAACGCAAGGCACAACAUUGCUUUCUUCUCUUCUCUUUUAUCUUUUCCUUUUCCUUUUCCUUUUUGUUUUCUUCUUUAACAUAAACACCGCAUACAUUACAUAGUCUCAUUCUCAUUGCUGUUUUUCAGUCAGAACUCAGAACCUUAACUUUUCAUUUCUCCUCUUAAUCAUAAAUAGAUAAAUAUCAUCAAUCGAGAAAGAGAACAAAAAAAUACAAAACUGUGGAAUUGGAAUGGAUGAGACGAAGAAGGUUAUUAUUAUCAAAUGGAUAAAACUGUGAUGAAGAAGCGUGGUGGUGACACAAAACAACAACAAUCUGGUUUGAAAAAAUCAAAGAAAGAGAAGGUGAGAAGCUUAAGUGCUGUUGCUGAAGCAUUAUCAAUGGGUUGCAAUCUCUCCGAUUCUCAUAAAUCAAAUCCCAAAAAGGUUUUCAAUGAAUGCAAUGCCGUUGAUCAUUCCUCUGUUCCCCGUAAAAUACGUUCAGCAAUGAAGAAACGGGGUCGCGAAUCCGUUUUAACUGAUUCAGAAAAGUUGAACCAUAAGUUCCAAAGAGCAGAAUCUCCUAAAAAAGAUAGCAUAAAGAAAUCCAAAAAACAAGUUGUACCGGGGCCCAUAACAAAAGAUGAGCAAGAGGUUGCAGAGACACUCUAUGCUUUGGCUGGAAUGUUUCCUACCAGUUGUGGUACUAAUGCUGACAAUGAAGUAUACCGUGAAUCGUUACUGAAGAAUUCGGUUUCUCAAGAGGAGAGUACUAAUGCUACUUUUCAAGCCUCAGAAGCUGUUGAAGAUACUAAUCUUAUUCCUGAAAGUUCGUCUAUGGGAGCAGCAAAAAUUAGUUCAAGUGAAACCAUUGAUGUUGAUGACAAUGAUUUAACUGGGAGUGCAGAUAAUUUGGUGGCAACUCAAAUCACUGCUCCAAAAGUAAAUCUGCAGGGUGUGCCUAUGAUGGUUAAGAGUGAAAAUGGUUGCAAAGUUGAAGUGCAUGACUCUGAAUUGUCUAUUGAAAUGGGAUUAAAUGUGUCCACAGAAUCGCAAUUUUCACAUAUUGGGGGAAAAGUAGAAGUGGAGUAUGAGACGGUCGGAGGCAUUGGUUGUAAGCAAGAACAACAUAUAAUCAAGUACCAAAGAGAAAACGAAGGUCUAACAUUAUUGCCAGGCUCGACGUAUGCAACUAAUGCUUCUUGUUUGCAGUCUUCUGCUGCCGCUAAAGCUCCACAUUGGCUGAAUGCUGCUAUUUGCAACUCCAAACACGAUUUGAUGGAAAGUUGUUCUUCAGGUGGAAAGAUUUCCGAACCUGUUGUUCAUAAAAAGUCAUGGAAGAGUUGUGCAGCUCAUGUUCACAUUAGUCAGCUCAUCCGGAGUUUAGAAGUUCCAAAAAAACAUGGUGCCAAAGAACCCGAGCGUUAUGAAUGUCACCAACCCAGAGUACACCAAGGAUCAAAGUGUGGAGUUCUAAUCAAAGCACAAAACUCAAAUGGGACGAGAAAUGGAAAUAGUUUUGAUGUUGGAACAGUUCAUUCUGCUAGUUUGGACAUUUUUCCUGAAACUAAAAAUGGUAUUCUUCAGCAGCAGUGCCAUUAUCUUGACAUAUCUCUCUCUAAGGAUCCUCCGAUGCCUGCAAAAUGUGAUCCUCUAAAGCAAAAUUUCAACUUCUUGUCCUUGUCCUUGUCGGCUGGAGGUAACGGGUUAAAGGUUGAAGACUGUUUUACCAAAGGUGGAAUUAGGAGGUUAGAACAGUUCUCAAAAUCUCAAGUGCCUUAUUUUCGGUCUAUACAACAGCAGCAUGGGCUCAUGCCAAUACCAACAACUCCACCAAAUCAGUAUACCUCAACUUCUUACAUUGAUCAGCUUCCUGCUGCAGGACCACAGGUUCGGUUGCAGCAACCUCAUUAUUAUGGUACACCAUUGUGUGGAACUAAUUAUAGUUCGGCAAUUUCAUAUAAACAGCAGUACCAAAACUUUUGGGCGGCGCAACUAGUAGCACAAGGCGGGUCUGGUGUAAAUAACAAUGUUACGAGGGUCCAAUAUCCUAAUUGGCGAAGUGGAAGACAUGAAACUUGUGCAGUGAAUCCGGGUGCCCAAGUCAUGCUUCCUCACCAUUCCCUUGCAUCGCUAGAAUCACUUGGUUCCAAGAUAACUUCAACCUCUGAGCAACAACCCUUUACACCCGCCUCAUCAAUUCCACUAUCUAGGAUGAAUGGGGUAGAAGAAAGUAGAGGUAGGUUCCAUGGUAGCUGUGCCUCGUCGUUGCAAUUGUUGUGUGAUGAGCGUAUCUGAAAUUGAACGCGUAAGUUCAGUUUCUGUUUGGAAAGGCAUGGAAAGAUAUUUCAUAGAGGAAAAAUAAAUGCUGGUGGAUAAAUCUGAAAACUUCCAAAAUAUUAAAUUAAAAGAAAAAGACAACUAGCUUACUGAUAAUUUUUCUGUACCUUUCCAAGUUAAUACUUGUUUUGGACUCGUAGAUACUCCGAUUUUGUUUACUUGUGGAGUGUAAUGUAUAACAAUCCAGAGGAAUACAAUUACCAAACAAAAGAAAGGGACAAGCAGGUUGCCAAAGAACGCAGUACACUAUAUUACUGUUAUUGUUUAUAGACUUUAUGGAAACACACAUGUUGUCUGCUGAUUGCCAAGGUUUAGAGGCAGUACACUUGCAA